AUGUCUGAAGAACCCGGCAAGCGGCUCGAGGAUCCGUCGCAAAGAACUUCCCUUGACGCAAACCCACCAGGGGACCAACACGUGGAGUUUGUCAAUGCGGAACCUGAAACCCUGUCAAGUGGUACCGGGAGGCUUUCGGCAGGACGUGGGGCCAUCCUGGCCAAUGCUGCCAGAGAACUGCAGGAUGUCGCUGCUAAACAACCAACUAGCCAUACGAGCAAUAGCCUCCAACCUCUACAUCUGGGGACGCGAAGAUCUCGACCAUAUGGAGAACCAGUCGUCCCGCCAACGUGGACAGAGGGACCUCAGGGCAAGAAGUAUCAUCGACAAAUGCCCGUUGGUGAGAUGGUAGCACCGACUCAACCUGGCACAGGUGAAGGUUACAAUUAUAGUUCAUAUAAGCGGCCGCCUUUAUUCACGCAGGCCCCCAAGCACAAGGUCCAUCGGCCAAAGUCCCCUAUUGAAGGACACAGUCGAUACUUAGCAGGAACAUUAAAGAUGCUAUCCAUGCAUAACAACCCUCCCCAACAGGAAAAUGAUCCAAACAACGAUAUAGACACACCGCCAGCUGAGUACAUGGACCAUGAACCGCCAUACACUGCGGAUGAUGGUGGAGUCACAAAUCAGGCUCGUGGGGGUAAUGUGGUAGUCUAUGACCAAUAUGACCCAGACAUUCAUCCUCACCCGCCCCCUGAUCCCCAGUUAUAUGGAUUUGGAGUACCGCAACAAGUGCCUCCAGGAGGAGCGCCUGACAGGCCAUCAAGACAAGGAGCGACAUCGGAACCGAAGAGGCAGCUGCUACAAGAACCGCUUAAUGGAAAUAGACUUCUAGCGAUACAAGAGGCUCGAGCCCGCCCACCAGGGUGGACAGGAUGGUACAACAUAACAAGGCCACAUGUCGACGUAUACCCGGCUCUGAUCGAGCCGGUCGACGAGAUAAGAGGACAACAACGUCGGAUUGAAGGUGGUGAAGCCGGCUCACGGAGGAGUCGACCUGCUCAGGGACCACCUGCUCAGGGACCACCUGCUCAGGGACCACCUAUUCAAGGACCACCUAUUCAAGGACCACCUAUUCAAGGACCACCUAUUCAAGGACCACCUGUUCAGGGACCGCCUAUUAAAGGACUACCAGUUCAGGGACCGCCAGUUCAGGGACCGCCAGUUCAGGGACCGCCAGUUCAGGGACCGCCAGUUCAGGGACCACCAGUUCAGGGACCACCAGUUCAGGGACCGCCAGUUCAGGGACCACCUGCUCAGGGACCAAUCAUUCCAAGAGUAAUUUCCAAGAUAUACUUCACCGGAUGA